AGAGAGAGAGAGAGAGAGAGAGAGAGAGAGAGAGAGAAGUUCAGUCUGCAGGAGAGAGAGAGGAGGAUCAGAGAGAAGAUGCUGUGUGUUUGGGGAGUCACAGUGUUUCUGCUCCUGCCGGCUCAGACGGAGGCUCAGAGUGGAGACUCAGACUCAGAGCCCAGACUCAGCUGCACCUCUCACAUCAUGACCGCCAGCAGCAGUCUGACCUGUGGACUGAAGGGGGGGCGGAGCUACAGUGAGGACGAUGAAGACGAAGAGGUGGACAGCAUCGAGAGAAUAACCAUGUGUUUCACAGACGACUGGAGCGCCAAGACGUCUCAGUGCGUUCAGGGACUCGGGGACACGGUGAGCUCUCCAGACCUGAGUCCUCUGGUUCUCUACAACGUGACCGUCCACCUGAAGAGAGGAGGACCCAUCUCAACCACAGUGGACCUGAAGAAGAUAGUGAAACCCAGAAGUCCUCAGGUGUUCAACGUCACCUUUCACCCUGAGUCUAACCAGGCCGUGUUCCACAUCCAGACCCCGUACCACAGAGACUACCUGAAGGUGGAGAACCAGCUGUUCCAACUGGUCAUCUGGACAGCAGGCGGAACCACGGUCCAGAACGUCUCGUCUUCAGACACUCUGAAGGUGGACAUGGAGCACCUGCAGACCGACACCCGGUAUCAUGUCAGGGUGCGAUCCAUCCCGCUGAAGUACCUGCAGGGGACCUGGAGCGAGUGGAGCCAAACGUUCACCUUCGUCACUCCUGACGGACAGAAACCUGACGGCUGGCGUCAGACCUACACCCUGACCGUGGGUCUGGUCGUGCUGCUGGUCCUGACUUCCUGUGCGGUUUUCUUCUGGAAAAAGAAGAUCUUCUCCUACAUGUGGCCCAGCGUCCCGCACCCCAAAGACACUCUGGUGCAGAUCUGCAAGCCCAAUAAAGGUCUCCUGUUGAACCUCAAAGCCGAGGAGUUCAGCGCCCUCAAAGUCUUCCCGAAGGAGGACUCAGAGGAGGACUCUGAGCCCCCAAACCCUGCUGCUGCUGCUGACGGCUCAGAGUCCACUCCUCCCUGCUCCACCCAGACCUCCGACUGCUCCACCACCACCACCAGCGUCAGCACCGAGGAGCUGUCCGCCCUGCUGGGCAGGUACUCCUCAGACCGGACCCCCUCCCCCAUCAACGUCCUGCAGGAGGAGCAGAGACCUCCCACCCCUCCACCCGAGGGCAGCGGGGGGGGACUCCAGGGGGAGGAGGCCUACGUCACCAUGUCCAGCUUCUUACAGAUCAAGUAGGUCAGGACUCAAACAUCUACUGGAUGGACUCACGGGACAUCUGGGACAACGAACCCCAGGUACCAGCCCAGAUUCAGGGUCUUUAAGUCAGUCUCAAUGAUCUCAUAUUUUAAAGGGACAUUCCAACAGUUCAGGGUCCUCCUUCUGCUCAGUCAGAGGAACAGAGGACCGGUCCUCAGAGGGAGAACUGAUGUGGUUUACUGCAGAGGACUUUAUAACAGACGGUCUCUGAUUCAGGGGGACGUUUAUCUUUUCAUGCUUUGUUUAUAAAAUCAAAUAAAUCUGAAUCAUAAA